UAUAGUGAGCAGCCUAAUACAGAAGAAAGCAAUAAUAGUGGUCAGACAAUCAACUCAACUCUUAUGAAUUUGUUUUUCAAUAAUUACGCAAACUGCAAUUUUCACACGUCAGUAUUUGUCACUUAUACUUACAAACGGAGUUGAUUGAUGGACAUUAUUACUAUGUUUUGGAGAAUACAACCGGCGCUUCAAAGGCUGCUCAUUCUGCUUUUGUGUGUUGGUUUUCAGCCUAUAAUUGAUGCUCAAGUUCGAUAUUCGAUACCGGAGGAAAUGCAGCCUGGAUCUCUCAUUGGUGAUUUAUCAAAAGAUCUCGGAUUAAGUAUUGGAAGAAUAAAGUCUGGUCGAACACGUAUUGUGACCGAGGAAAUCAACGACUUGGUGCAUUUCCAGCCAGACAAAGGCAUUCUCUCGGUGAAAAAACGCAUAGAUCGGGAGGAGCUCUGUGGACAAACGUCUCCGUGUAGCUUCAGUUUCGAGGUGGUUUUGGAAAACCCAAUGGAAUUAUUUAGUGUUACGGUAGAAAUACUAGAUAUUAAUGAUAAUUCCCCUGCGUUCUCGACGAAAGAAAUUAUCUUAGAUAUAAGUGAAUCUUCUGCAGUAGGAGCGCAGUUUAUUUUAGGCGGUGCGAUUGAUCCUGAUGUAGGUAUAAAUACACUUCAACGCUACAGUCUAAAGCCUACUUCGCAUUUUAGCUUGAAGGAACAAACACAUUCUGACGGCAGUAAGUACGCAGAGAUGGUGCUGAAUAGACCACUGGAUAGAGAACAGCAGGCGGAGGUGAAACUCACUCUGACCGCGGCUGAUGGUGGCAGCCCUCCGCGUACCGGCACAGUGAGUAUACGCGUCAUUGUGCAAGAUGCAAAUGAUAAUGCGCCCAUCUUCACACAAGCCGUUUAUAAAGCUUCUGUGGUGGAAAACUCAGCGAGAGGCACUCUUGUUGCUAUUGUCCUUGCCACUGAUGAAGACGAAGGAAUGUUUGGCCAUGUAACGUAUUACCUCGAUCAGAUAUCACACGCUGGCCAAGUGUUUUCACUGAAUCCUAAUAACGGAGAGAUUCGAAUUGAAGGCGAGGUUGAUUUUGAAAAGAUUAAGCAAUAUCAGUUGAAUGUAAUCGCCAAAGACACGGGUUCCCUGUCUAAUUCCUGUAAAGUCAUUAUUGAAGUAAUUGAUAAAAACGAUAAUAUACCAGUUAUAGCCUUGACCUCUUUUUCAAACAGUAUUCCUGAGGACUCUCCACCAGAAACCACUGUAGCCAUCAUAAAUGUAAAAGACGCAGAUUCGGGGAAGAAUGGGCUCAUAAACUGCACCAUUAGUAGAUCCGUACCGUUCAAAAUUAAGUCAUCUUUAGUAAACUAUUACACUCUGAUUACAGAUGGUAUUUUAGACCGGGAAGCUAUUUCUGAGUAUAAUGUAACCAUAACAGCAGCUGAUCAGGGCACUCCAUCUUUAUACAGUAAUAAAAUAUUACUAGUUCGAGUCACUGACGUCAAUGAUAACAAACCUGUUUUUGAUCAAAAUGUUUAUUCUGCAUUUAUCCCCGAAAACAAUUCACCUGGCUUUUCUAUUAUUUCGAUUCAUGCAAGUGAUGCAGAUUCUAAUCAAAAUGCUAGAAUAUCCUACUACCUCGAAGACAUGCAGCUAAACGGCGAACCAUUAUCUUCUAUUUUGUCUAUUAAUGCUGAGACAGGCGUUGUAUACACGUUGCGCUCAUUUGACUACGAAAAAAUCAAAAUGUUGCAGUUUUACGUGAAUGCCCAGGACGGAGGCACGCCAGCUCUGAGUAGCAGCGCACAAAUCAAAGUUCAAAUUCAGGACCAGAAUGACAACGCACCUCAGAUUCUGUAUCCAGUACAAACUGGUGGCUCUGUGGUGGCUGAAAUGGUGCCUCGUUCAGCAGAUGUGGGCUAUCUUGUCACUAAAGUGGUGGCUGUGGAUGUGGACUCUGGACAGAAUGCCUGGCUCUCAUAUAAACUACAGAAAGCGACAGACAGGGCGCUGUUUGAAGUGGGCUUACAGAAUGGAGAAAUAAGAACUGUGCGUCAAGUCACUGAUAAAGAUGCUGUGAAACAGAAGCUCACUGUUGUAGUGGAGGACAACGGACAGCCCUCUCGUUCAGCUACAGUCAAUGUUAACGUGGCGGUGGCGGACACUUUCCCUGAAGUGCUCUCAGAGUUCACUGACUUUACACACGACAAGGAAUACAACGAAAACCUGACAUUUUAUCUAGUCCUGGCCUUGGCUGCAGUCUCAAUUCUAUUCAUAACAUGUUUAGUAGUCAUUAUAUCAGUGAAAAUCUACCGAUGGCGACAAUCUCGCAUGUAUUUACAGUCCCAUCUUCCAGUGAUUCCGUAUUAUCCACCGCGUUAUGCUGACUCCGUAGGCACUGGAACUCAUCAGCAUUUGUAUAAUUAUGAAAUCUACAGAACCACUGAUUCCAGGAAAGACAACGCUACAUUUUCCGAACCAAACAGUCAGAGUCUAAUGAGCGUUUACUCUGCUGGAGCAGAUACUCUCCCAAAGGACAGACUCGACAGUGACGACUCUGAAGUAAGCAACACCUUGGUGAGUUAA